GCGUUUGGCUGCGUCACUCAGUCAACUCACUGAUCUCUACACCUGGAUGGUAUACGUAGACAGUGUGAUACAAUACUUCAUCUUCUCCUGGCAUUGUGGAUACCAAGGGUCAAGGUAUGUCCACUCCGGCUUCCAAGGGGGUUCUACGGCCUGUUCUGAUUGGCUGUUUUUUUAUGGCGGGCUUCGUGGGAAUAUUCUUAAUUUACUACAAACCCCAGAUCAAGUUCCUUUCAUGCCCUACUGACCAGGCAUCCCACGAGGGGAAGGCUGGUUGUUCUCCUUGCCCUCAAGUAAGUAUGGCAGGGAACCACACAGGGCAAAAAACACACCAUGCACAGACAGCCAUUCAGGCCGAUGAUGACGGAGACACAGACACUAUCAUUUUGAUCUGGAUGUGGCCAUUUGGUCAGGCCUUUGACAUAGACUCUUGUGUCUACUUUAACAUCAAAGGCUGUCACCUAACAGUGGAUAAAAACCUUUACAGCAAGGCGCACGGUGUCAUAUUCCACCAUAGAGACAUCCAUGGAGACCUGAAGAACAUGCCCCAAGAGCAACGUCCAUGGUUCCAGAAAUGGGUGUGGUGGAAUGCAGAAUCACCGGCUAACACAAACAGGAUCCCUGGUGUUGACCACUUGUUCAAUUUGACUGCCAGUUAUCGACUGGAUUCUGAUAUCAAGGUUCCUUAUGGGUCGCUUGUUGAGGUAACCAGUGAGGAUAAAAUCUUUGAGCUGCCCAAGAAGGACAAAUUAGUCUGCUGGGUAGUGAGCAACUGGAACCCAAACUACAAGAGGGUACAGGUGUUCAACGAGCUCAGUAGGCAUGUCAAAGUAGAGGCCUAUGGGAGACAUUUUAGUAGAUACCUUGAAAACCAAGACUACUCAAAGACGCUGUCCAGCUGUAAAUUCUACCUGGCAUUUGAAAACUCCCUCUACAAAGACUAUGCUACAGAGAAGCUGUUCAACGCUAUGAAGUUGGGAGCAGUGCCCAUUGUUCUAGGUCCAUCCAGGGACAACUACGAGCAAUUUAUCCCAAGGGACUCUUUCAUCCAUGUGGAUGACUUCUCCUCUACAGAGGAGCUGGCAAAGAAGCUUCUCUUUCUCGACCAGAAAAAUGAAGAAUACAUGAGGUACUUCACUUGGCGAAAUAACUUUAAAGUUCAACAAUGGUGGUUUGGACUUGAGCACGCCUGUCGCUCAUGUGAUUACAUUCAAAGAAAUAAAGGAUACAAAACUUUUCAUCAUCUAAAUAAAUGGUUUUGGGGCUAAGUGACCCAUUUGUAGUGGUCAACAAUGUGGCUGUGUGAAGAGUAUUGUAUGCUGGACAACCAGGUGUGGAAUAGUUUAGGGUCGUUCCACCAAUUUGGUACCUUUUGAGAAGUGUAACGGUAAAAAACUGAGCAGGUUUUUUUUCUUCACCACAAAACACUAGAACAUUUCCAAGAAGAGUAGAACCAGUUCACCUGCUUUUACACUAUGAUUCGACUAUUAAAUGUUCAAAGAUUCUUUUAAGAAAAAUAUUUAAUCCGGAAUAGUUUUUCCCCAUAUUAAAACCAAAGUUCAGUUCACGUAACAAGGUAGAGCUUAAAAUGAGGGAUAAAUGGAUCACUAAUCACAAAUGUAACUCUUCAUAUUCAACGCAACAAAAUAACUAAGGCUUUAAAAUGAUGGGGAAAACUUGGAGAAAUGUUGGGGUUAAGCGGGUUCAAAUCUUCCUAGAAAUCAGAGAGUGCAUGGAGGGACAUGUCAA